UCAAACCAAUAUGUCUGCGCCCAUGUUGGCAUGUAAGCUGUGUAAAAAUAAAGACAUUGUCACACGUUUUCGAUUACGUUUACAAAAACAGCUUUGUAGAAAAGCUCACUCAAAGCCAUGGAACAGUGCAGAACAUAGUGGCAAAGUAGAAGCGGAUGUUGGCAAUCGACCUUUUCGAAUCAGCACAGGGAAACUUGCUAGAUUUGCAGAUGGAGCUGCAGUGGCUGAGCAUGGAGAUACUUCGGUUCUUGUCACUGCUGUUAGUCGGUCACGACAGUCGACAAGUUCAUUCUUGCCACUCACAAUUGACUACCGACAAAAGGCGGCAGCUGCAGGGAGAAUUCCGACAAACUAUCUGCGACGUGAACUCGGUCCGUCAGAGAAGGAGAUCCUUACAAGCAGACUGAUAGACAGAUCACUACGACCAUUAUUUCCUUCGGGAUAUUUGUGUGAAACACAGCUGAUGUGUAACCUGCUAGCAGUGGAUGGAGUCAAUGACCCUGAUAUAAUCAGUAUCAAUGCAGCAUCAGCUGCUCUUGCUGUGUCAGAUAUUCCAUGGAAUGGGCCUGUAGGAGCGGUGCGAGUUGGCAUGGUUGACAACGAGGUUGUGAUAAACCCGACACGGAAACAGAUGGCCAGUAGCGUCCUGAAUCUCAUUGUGGCGGCCACAGACAGAAACAAGAUCAUUAUGCUUGAAGCGAGUGCCGAAAACGUUCUCCAACAAGACUUCAUGAAGGCAAUCAAACAGGGCGUCAAGGAGAGCCAGUCAUUGGUACAUCAGAUACAGGAUCUGCAGAAGCAGCACGGUGUGCCGAAACGAGAGUUUGAGACAGCCAGUGUCGUCAUGGAGGAAAUCCUUGAUGCUGUUAAAAGCUUGGCUGAGACGAGAUUAAAAGAAAUAUUUUAUGAUGAUUCUCAUGAUAAGAUAUCUCGUGACACAGCCGUUCAGAAUGUCAGAACUGACAUUUUACAGAAUUUAAGUGAAAACUACCCGGACAAAUCUCAAGUUAUUAAUGAAGCUUUUAGUUUUGUUACCAAAGAAAUCUUCAGAAAUCUCAUUUUAGAUGAGGACAGAAGGUGUGAUGGUCGGGGCUUGUAUCAGCUAAGAGACAUCUCCUGUAGUGUAGAUCUCUUUAAACCUCUUCAUGGUUCAGCUCUCUUCCAAAGAGGACAGACACAGGUGCUGUGUACGGUGACCUUUGAUAGUAUUGAGUCAGCCAUGAAGUUGGACCCAAUGUCUGUGAUAACAGGAUCUAUGAAAGAGAAGAACUUUAUGUUGCAUUAUGAGUUUCCACCUUACGCUACAAAUGAAACAGGCAGGCCUGGAGCUACAAACAGGAGAGAACUUGGUCACGGAAUUCUUGCUGAGAAAGGUCUUCGUCCAAUUAUUCCCACCAGUUUUCCUUUCACAAUACGACUGACUUCCGAAGUUCUAGAGUCAAAUGGAUCUUCGUCAAUGGCGUCUGUGUGUGCAGGCAGCCUCGCUCUGAUGGACGCUGGCGUUCCUGUGAGUGACGCUGCAGCGGGCGUGGCUAUAGGACUGGUGUCACGACCGGACCCAGACGAUUCAUCAGAAAUACAGUACAAGCUCAUGACAGAUAUACUGGGGAUAGAAGACUACAUGGGUGACAUGGAUUUCAAAAUGGCAGGCACAAAGAAAGGAAUCACAGCUCUACAGGCUGAUAUUAAGUUGGAAGGAUUGCCUCAGAGAGUUAUAAUGGAAGCUGUGAAACAAGCCUCAGAUGCCAAGAAUGAAAUACUGAAAAUAAUGAGUGAAGUGAUAAUGAACCCGAGAGACCAGAUGAAAGACUGUGGACCUGUGUCAGAAAAACUUGACAUACCUAUUGCAAAGCGUUCUCGUUUUCUUGGUGUUGGUGGUUACAAUUUGAGAAAAAUCACAGGUGAAACAGGUGUGAGAGUUACGCCAGUUGACGAAACAAGUUAUGAGAUCUUUGCUCCAAACCAACAAGCCAUGGAUGAAGCAAAAGAAAUCAUUGAAGAAAUCCUCAGUACAGAGAAAGAACCUGAGCUUGAGUUUGGUGCUAUAUACACAGGAAGAAUCGUGGAAAUUCGUGAUAUUGGAGUAAUGGUGCAACUUCAUCCAAAACUACAACCAGUAUUACUUCAUAACUCUCAGCUUGAUCAAAGAAAGGUUAGCCAUGCCAGUGCCCUUGGAUUGGCUGUUGGGCAGGAAAUUAACGUGAAGUAUUUUGGUCGUGACCCGCACAGUGGUCGGAUGAGAAUCUCUCGCAAAGUGCUGCAGUCUCCGGUGACAAAGAUAUACAGAAAAAUAGAGGAGAAAAGUUGAUGUAUAUAUCGUUAAAAACAGACAAAAUGGUUCUACAAAAUGAAAUAUUUUCUGUGUUGGUUUUUACAGUGUUUGAUAAGAAUCGUAUACUAUAUUUCAUCAUAGAGUGAAAAUAACGCACAACUUGUGCUACAGAGACACGUGGAAAUAAAUCUUAAUUCAUGGGGUGUCAUACUCUUUGAAUUCAAGAAUAGGAAUAUCAUAACUGGAGCUAACUACUGUAUUAUUUUGUGAAAUUUAUCUUUUGGUGCAAUUUUGUGAAUGCAGCUAUUGGUGCGUUUUGGUUUGUUGGUAAAAGUGAACUAUAAUCUUAUAGUAUAACGAUUGUCAAUGGGUAAGUAAAAUUCUGCAUCAAUUUACUUGCUUUAUGGCAUUAUCAGAUCAGUCAUUACUCAGAUGCACCCUCCAAAAGCAUUUCUUUUUAAACAGAUAAUUUCAUGUUGUUUUAAUACAGUGAAUCUGCUUUACAAUAGUUGGUGGAUAACAUUUGUAGUACAAAUGUAACUUGACAAAUCAGAAUCCAGAAAGUGCUUUUAUUAAACCAUUGUAUUACUUGAAGUAAAUAUUACUAUGCUCA